AUGAAUUGCUCUGUCUGCUCCGACCUUUUACAAGUACAUCCAAGUCUGCUAAACGAUCAACUCAAGACAGUUCUGGAGGUAUUUAAUGCCUUACCCUAAAUUUAUUCCUUUAGAAUCGGAAUUCGAAUGGAGCGUCUCCGCUGAAUAGUGGGAAACUGUUGGAAUUAAUAGCUAACUCGUCAAAUCCAUUAGAUGUACCGAUCUGCAGGGUAUGGUUGGUUUGUAAACUGAAUAAGGUGUUUGCCUAUAAUACAUGACUUUCUGUAAUAAUAUUCACAGUGCUAAUUAUACACAUUGCAGAUAUGUUGCAAUUCAAUAUCCGAAGAUCUCAGCAAACAGUUAACAGAAUUGGAUAAAGAAUACAUUGAGUAUAAGAAUGUUUACGAAAGUCUUCUGGAACAAAAAGAAUCAAACAAAAUGGAUGAACAAACUGCCAAGAGAAAGCUCGAUGAACUGACGGUGAGUAAUAUUCAUAUAUUUUACCUUAAAUGUUUAGAGAGAGGAGAGUGAAUUGAUGGACGAAUUGAAUGGACUUCUGAAGAGCGAAAGAGAGUUAACACAAGAACUGAAGGAUAAACAAGAUGAGCAGAAGAAAAUGUUGGAGAAAGACGAGGAAUUAUACCGGAAGCUUAGGGACAAUCAUCGGUAAGGCGUUGUUUGUUUCUUAUUAAGUUUUGGGUCUAGAAGGCGUAAAGGCUCUACUUCGAUUCGCCGUCCUGUUGGAUUUCAGUCUAUGAUUUUUUCGUGCUGAGCGCACUAAAGCUAUCAUUCGUAAGACCUCGAAAAGUUGUCAUAAGAACCGGUUUCAAAAAUUGUCAACAGAAUUCGGCCUCGGAGUUCGACGGCUUCAAAUUAUUUCGGGCUUAUUCAUUUGACUUAUUUCCGACUCAAUCUCGGGGAAUAAUUCUUAACACAGAUUUCGACGUGUGCCGUAAAACAGCCCUAAAAUAUUCUCGCAACACUCUUUACGGUGUUAAAAUUAUGGCUAGACGACAACGACGAUCACUGGAGUUAAUAAUACAAGUUUUUAAGACCCUGCGAUGUGCAGUGUGCCUUUAACUUCUUAAACAUGAUCGUAUCCGCAGGCGUUUUUUUUAAUAUGGGUAAAAAUUCCUGCAGUACUUUUUGCAUACUGCAGAACGUAGGAUAACAGGUUCCGUUUUCAUUUUUUGGCAUUCCGCGGUCUAUUUUUCUAAGCCAGUAAUCCGUUGGCAGUUUUUUGAAACCGGUUCCCGAAUACUUUUCAAAGGGUCUUGAAUGGUAUACAACACGUUAUUUGGCCAUUUUGUGCAAUUCGCCUGUUAUGCUGAGCCUAUGUUUAGCCUUAGGGUCAGGUCGAAUAAGCGUGGGCUUACUGUUGUUCCCAUACUUUUAUGAGCUAAACAACGUUAUCUGGUUUCAGUACUUUGAGUGAACAGUCCGCUGAACUCCGAAGUCUAAAGACCCAGGUGAAUUAUGCUCAAGAACAACUGGAGAAGUUGCUCAAGACAAAUGUCCUCGACAUGGCUUUCUUUAUUUGGAAGGAUGGAGAAUAUGGAACGAUCAAUGGUCUGAGGUUAGGACGAUUACCCGCUGAUAACGUGGAUUGGCACGAGAUUAACGCAGCCUUUGGUCAGGUGGCGAUGCUGAUGGUGGUCAGUUAUUUUUAGAUCAGUUUAGACCUUUCUUGCUGUUAUAUUGCUAUGCCAGACCGUUGUUUGUUGAGUUCUCCUUUUUUUACCGUAUUCUCUUUUCUUUUAAGCAAAAAAAAAUAAUGUUAAUCAAGGUCAAUUGUCCUUUCUUUCAGGUGAUGUGCAGACAUGUUAGUCUCAAGUUGGAAAACUACGAGAUCGUCCCUUUUGGAUCACAUUCGAUUAUUCGACAUCUAAAAGGCAGUAAAGUGGAGGAGUAUCAGCUUUAUGGAAGCGGGUCUUGGCGGCCGUUUGGACUGUCGACCUUGGAUCAUGGAAUCGUCGCUUUCGUCGACUGUUUCUGCCAAUUGGAAAAUAAACUCAAGGAGAAUUUCCCCAAAGUAAGAUUGUAACUCUGGUAGUGUAAUAUCAAAUUAUUAGUAUUUUUUCAAAGGGCUUUCAAACUCUCCUUUGUAUCUUUUCUUGGCCCCAUGACAGCUUAAUCCUCGUUACGCACACAAUUUGUAUAUUUAGAGAAUUGAAUUAACUUUUUGAGUGUGAAAUUAUACUUUCUGAAGGGUUAAAAAACAGCAGCCGUGGGACUUGGAGUUUCUUCCCUUUCCUGAGUGUUUACCCAAAUAUAUGUUGUAGUUUGUGUGGAAUUCUGAUGUUUUCAGGCCGAAAGAAUUCUCCCGUACAGGAUGGUCAAGGAUAAGAUCAUCGACCAGGAAUCCCAGUACCUGGUGAAGAUGCAAUUAAACUCGGAAGAACGGUGGACUAAAGCCAUGAAGUGUCUGUUGUUGAAUAUGAAAAGAGUCGUGGGCAUCUUGGCGAACAAUCGGAUCACUCUCGAAUCCCCCAAGGCCAAUGGAACUGAAUGA